CGUAAAAGCCAUAGAAGCAGGAAGAAAAAAGAAAAAGCAGGUUUAUUCAAGAACAAAGAUGGAGGUUGAAGUAUUUUAAUGUUAGAAAUUGACGCAGUUAGCACUUAAAGAUAUUUUUACUAAUGUUACUACGUAAAUUUUCUCAUGACAGUGCAAGGAGACUGUGCUUUACUCAAUAAUUUUGUAUCUGAACGUGAUUUUUGAUUAUGUGACUUUUCUUGAGAGAUCUAAAUUUUCUGUUAUUUUACAAUUUACCUACGUGUUAUGAUGGAGGUUGUAGGAGACUAUGAGUAUAGUAGCAGGGAUAUGAUAGGACAUGGUGCAUUUGCUGUGGUUUUUAAAGGCCGUUUAAGAAGCGACCACUCACAAAUAGUAGCCAUCAAAAGCAUAACAAAGAAGAGUCUAGCCAAGUCUCAGAAUUUAUUGGGGAAGGAAAUAAAAAUACUAAAGGAGCUUAGAGAACUAAACCAUGAAAACGUCGUGGCGUUGUUUGACUGCAAGGAAUCGGCUAAUCAUGUUUUUCUUGUAAUGGAGUAUUGCAAUGGAGGGGAUCUGGCUGACUAUCUGUCACUGAAAGGCACGCUCAGUGAAGACACAAUACGGAUGUUCCUGAGGCAGUUAGCUGGUGCCAUGAAAGCUAUGCACGCGAAGGGGGUGGUUCACAGAGAUCUGAAGCCACAAAACAUCCUUUUGAAUUACACACCUAACCGGCCAUCUCCACAGCCUCAGCACAUCCGGCUCAAGAUUGCGGACUUUGGUUUCGCCCGGUUCCUACAGGAUGGAGUUAUGGCAGCUACUCUCUGCGGAAGUCCCAUGUACAUGGCACCUGAAGUCAUCAUGAGCCUCCAGUACGACGCCAAGGCUGACCUCUGGAGCUUGGGCACCAUUGUGUUCCAGUGCCUCACUGGCAAGGCACCCUUCCAGGCGCAGACGCCUCAGGCCCUCAAGCAAUUCUACGAGAAGAAUGCUAACCUCGCACCCAAGAUACCGAGUGGAACUUCUCCAGAGCUGACUUCACUCCUGAUGGGUCUGCUUCGACGGAAUGCCUCGGAACGAAUGCCUUUCGAUGCCUUCUUCACUCAUCCCUUUCUACAACCACCAGCACCCCCCUCCGAGCCCCCAAGCCCGCCUGAAACUGACCAAGGUCACAAUACCUUUCAGCUAACAUCUCACAUUUCUAGGUCUUGGGUCAUUUUUAGCAAAGAAGUAAUGGGUACCAGCCCGGCAGAAGACUCAGAUGGGUUCGAAAUAGUGCCACGAAAUUUACCUACAGACAAGCAUGCCAAGGAUGUCUGCGCCAGUCCUCCGAGACCAAGUUCACUACCGAUUCCCGUGCCUACUCAACAUAAUGUCUUCCCAACUCAGCAGCAGGAGGUGCCCAGAUCUCGGCAGAUAGAGCGGACGUGCAGCAGAUCUCCACCUGAUAUCAGUUCCAUAUCACCGCCUUCGGUUCAGUUUGUGCUGGGAACGCCUCCCGGCAGUCGUAGACCCGUUGCUGAGACUCCUCCCCCUGUUAACACGUGGACUGUCACUCCUACCAGCUCCCCUCUCCGCAAGUCUGUCCUAAGCUCACCUAUACUCACAGGACAAAUUAACAACUUCAACACCAACAACAUGCUUCCUAUCGUUCCAUUCAGUCCUCGAGCUACCACCCUGCCAGAUCUGGGUCAUUUCGAAACUCCUACGCCUUUUGUUAUUCCUGAACUUCCACCGGAAACUUUACUUGAGAAGGAGCACAAUGAGAUCUUGGCCAAGCUGAACUUCAUUUUGACGGUGAGCGAGUGUAUCAUUGAGGUGUCCAGGAACAAGACCCGCUCAGACAGUCUGGCGGUGCUUUAUCGAGCUGUGACCAUGCUGCACUCUGGUAUCAACCUGGCUACCACCAAGCUGCGAGACCAGACCCUACAGCCUUCUCCAAGUGUCAAGAAGGUUGUAUCAAACAUGAAUGUGAAGUUUCGCAAGUGUCUCAACGAGUGCAAGCUGCUGAACAUCAACUGCUCCGGCCUGACGCAGAACGCCAGCAGUAUUGCUGACAAGCUGAUUUACAAACACGCUAUGAGUUGUUGCGAGUCAGCGGCACUGGGCGAAUUGUUUAAGAACUUAGAGGACUGUUUCAACAACUACUCAACUGCUUUCAUCCUUCUGCACUCUCUGUCGCAGACUGUGACUCAUCAGGAGGAUCGGGACCUGCUCAACAAGUAUAAGGACGCAGUGCAAAAAAGACUGAACAUUUUACAGAAGAAAGGAGUGGUUUACGCAAACAGCACGGAGGUUAAUUAAACCUACUAAAUUUCCAAUGUGUAUAUUUUUUUUGUAAAAACCAUUUUUCUGUAAAGUGCACGUAAUAAUCAAAAUGACACAAGUAUUUCAUUUUACUGCAGACAUGUAAAAUGUUGGAAAAUUAAUGUAAAAAUCCUGUGUAUUUAUUCAGUUGUGUCAAUUUUAUGUUGAGUAAAAUUCUCUUUUUAAAAUGUCUAAAAUGGUUUUUUUGUGAUAUAAUGAAACUUUGUUUUAUUUUAAGUCAUAAAUAUUGUCUGAUGAUGAAUGAUUUUAGAAUCCUUAACAAUCAUAUUAUGAUUUAUCAAAGUUGAGGAUUAUGAUGUCAUGAUUGAAGGAAAUUAAACUGGUCUGUGUAUAUCUCAUAAAAAUCGGUUUCAACACGUCCACUGCGACUCUGAGUGAUCUUCAUUAGUGGUAUUGAAUGUGAUACACUAGUGUCUAGUGUAUCUAGUGCAGUCGAUGUGUUGGCUAGAUUUUCCUGUAUUCACAAUUUUAUUCAAUUACUUUGUAAAAUAAAGUGGUGCAGGAUUUAGUUUUAUAUUUUAUUUUUUUAAUUUACUACAAUAAAUCAAUUUUAUUUAAAUUAAAUUUACAUUUUUGUCUACAGAAUGAUCAUAAUUUACAAUAUCCAACUUGUUGUUACACUUAAACAUGUUCAGGUGUUGUUUCCUUUCAGAAAAAUGCGUUUCAUUGUUUGUUUUUAUUCUAAUGUUUACUAUUAAUUUGUUAGUAUUUAAGAUUUAGUAUGUAUUAAUUGAUUAUAAUUAUGAUUUCUUAUUAUAAUUUGUCAUCACGUCUUGUUUUCUUAUGUAUGUUUGAUAGUUUUACUCUUUGUAUCUUCAUUUUUUUAGUCUAUAAAUAAUAUAGAAAGUUAUGUAGUUACAGGUUUUAUAUAUUAUCAUGAAUUAAUAAUAUAUUAAAUUUGAAACUAAUUUUCGCUAAUAGAUCAAUCAUGUACAAUAAUUUAACAAUGUUACCUGUACUGAUAAGGCAAUAUUUUUAUACAACUGUAUACACUUAUAAUGCACUUUUUUCAUUUUCUACUUUUGAACAUUAAUUACUAGUUUUUUUUUUUUAGUACAUUUACCUUCAUUUUUGUAUUUUCUCUUAAAUAAGAAGCGAAAUACAUAUUGUUCAUUGUAUACAAAGAGAUAAAAAUACGUAACUAUUAACUAGUUUAGUAGUAAAUUUAUACUAUUUUAAUAACAAUAAGUAUAUUGUUUUAUUUAGACUUUAAUAAUUUGUAUACCGAUUUCAUAGGUAAGUAAUGAUAAACUGAUAUGCUGCCUUACAAAACUACCUAACAUUUUCAUGCAAAACUAAAGAAAAUUGUAAAAUGUAAAUUUAUUAGUUAGUCUAAGUCUAUUUUACUAACAAAAAUGUUAAAUGUGUAACAUUUCUGUUAGUAAAAUAGUGAAACGGUGUGUAAUGAUAAAUUUACAUUUUACAAUUUUCUUUUGUUUUGCAUAUACAGAGAUCAGUGAAUGUUAGAUAGUUUUGUAAGGCAGCAUAUCGUUUUAUCAUUACACACCGUUUCACAAUUUUACUAACAGAAAUGUUUGUAAAUAUUAUGUAAAUGUAAAUAAUGGUUUUCACAGUUCAGUUUGCGCUGAACUGAAACUAUAAUGCAUGUUAAUACAUAACUGUGCCAUGUUAAAUAUUAGUGCCAUUAUGUUACGAAACUAAAAUUGUUAAGGAGGCUCGAUUAAAUAUAUUGUGUGAUUUUUUCAUAAAAAUUAUUUACCUUUCAUAGAAUUGCGUAACUGCAUAAUUGUUGACCUUUAGUUUUAAAAAUUAAAUUGAAAGAGCAUUUUGUCACAGUGCGCAGUAUGGUAGAAUCUCAAUAAGUUGGGUUACCUCAGAUAUUCUGGUUACAUAUAAUAAAAAUGUGGGUCUAAAGUUGUUGAGAAAUAACAAAAAAUGUAUAAUAUUUUUUUUUUUAUAAUGGAAAUUCAACUUACUACUUAUAAAUCAUAAUUAAAAAGUAUAUAUAAACACUACAGUAAUGUGUAAUAUUUUUUGGAAAGAAGCUUGUAAAUUUGUAUUGCACCAGCCUUGAGUACCAUUUACAUAGGCAGCUCAUCGACUUGUAUUCGCAUUUAAAAUCAUCACUUCAACCAAGAGAUGUAUUGAUGUUUCCACAUGCUCAUAACCACUGUUGCUGUUUAGCGCAUUCUAAUUAAUCCUGUUUUUGUAAUAUUUUUUUGAAAAGAUCACAUUAAUUUGUUUAUUAAUUUGUUUUAUUACCUUGUAAAUCUUUAUCAUUUUCACUUUAACAAUCCACAAUUUUAUUAAUCAACAAAACAGCAGAUUUUGGACGGAAUGCUAUAAUGUACGGCUGAAGAGGCAUUGGGAUUAGUGCAUGAGAUUCUACCAUUCAUCGUACAGUGCCGUGAUAUGGCUCAUUGAAUCACCGAAAAUUCAAGCUAGAGUGGUCCGACUUAACCCUGGAACUGGCAGAAAAUGUUUUCUGUUUGGUGUUUUUGCACUGUUUAUUAUUAUAGUAUGAAGAAGUACAUAAUAGUAAACUAUGCAAAAGAUAGAGCAUUCGUUUCAAGUCAAAAGAUGUGUAUGGCGAAUUGUAAAAUAAAAAAUAUAACUUAUAUAUAUUUUCAAAAUUGUUAAUUGCGCUUAACCCUAAAACUGGUGACCAGUGGCAUAUUUGUAGAUUUGCAUUCUUCAUUGUUCUCACUUAUUUAAGUACUCAUGGGAACGAAUAAAAUCAUAUGUUUUAUACAGAAUUGCAAAUGUAAAGAACAUCUGAAUAACGAUUUUUAUUCUUUUAUGUUGAUUGUGCCAUCGGUGAAAGUCUGUGAAAUAUAGUAACAAUCACUUUGUUUGUUUGUGUGUUGUAACUAAUGCUUUUUGUGUUUGCAGCAUUUGGUCUUAUUUACAUAGUUAUUUUGAGGUAAAUUUUGACAUUGAACUUUAAACUCUAUGUUUUUUAUUCUUUAUUCUAUGAUGGGCAUUUUCACGUUCUAGGGUUAAUUAGGUCUGCAGUACUGUACUUGCAAAAUUAGGUGACAAAGUGUGAUUUAUAUUGGACUUUUAUCAACCAAAACUUUGUAAAUCAUUUUGUGAUUAAAAAAUGUACAAUCAUUGAAUUGAAAUGAAAAUAAACACAUAUUAAAUUGUUUUUUCUAUGUUUAUUUAAGUAUUUUGACUCGCUUAUUUUUUACUUUACAGUAAUAAUGAUUAAAAUGUAUUGAUUGAUUUAGUUUAUGAGUUGUCUUUCUUUGUAAACCUCUAAAUUUAUUUGUGUAAGGAAUAUUAUUAGUAUAAAAACUUGUAUUAACAUAAAAUAUAGGAAUGGUCAGUGGUUUUUAUGUGGUUUAACUUCUAGGAGUGAAACUGACAAAGAAACACAUUUAUAUAUUCUCUCUUUAUAGAUUUUUAUAUUUUAUUGAUUCUCAAAAUAAGAAAAAAUUGUCUAACUUGAGAAAGUGUUUUCUAAGUAAGUUCCACGUUGGUUAUCAAAGAAUUUAUUUGUAAGUUCAAACCACAUAAAAACUAGAAAGCCAUUGAAGUAUGUUUUACCUCCAUACUACAUAUUUGUAUUCGUUAACACAAUCAAAGUAAUUAAAAUCGACAAUUUUUAAAAGAAUAAAAUGUGCAAGUGAACGACUACUCUAUGUAAUAUAAAUGUUCAACGAAAUCACAAUAUUGGUGCUUCACUAUUCGGAUAACAAAGUGUACAUACUUAAAUCAGAUAGGCUAGUACCCCAGUUGUAUCACUAACUGUGUACAUAGUAAGGCAUUGUGUGCUAGGAACUUUCAAUGGCUAUUUUUUAAAUUCGACCAUCAGCCAUUCAGGGAUGCUUAUAGGACAAUAGCUGUGUAAGCGUGUAACUACCAAUAGACUAAUAGUUUUGUGAAUGAUAUUAGUAACAAUGUGAUAUUAAUUUGGCUGACCUAAUUUGAUGUUUUAGAAAAAGGCAAUUUCAACAAGUUUACGUUUGCUUGAUAAAGCGUUUUUUUUUUUUAUUAAAAAGAAUGACUUCUGGAACCUAAAUAACUUGAACCGCAAUAAUACAGAUUCCUGAAUAGGAUAAUAUUUUUACAUCCCUAUUUUGGUAACACUUAGUAUAAAUAAAAAAAGAGCAGUUAUCACCUUAUCCAACAGUUGGUAUUGACACCACCCCUUGGAUGUAUUAUCAGAUCUAAGCUUUCUCCCAAAACUGGGAGGUUGGUUGGCAAUAAUGGGAUGGCUUUUCUUAUACCGAUUGAGUAAAAAAUCCUCAAAUUUACACCACAUUUGUCACCAGAAAAUGCCGGAGUUUGUGAUGUUGCGCAUCAAAUGUGAAAAGCAGCCUAAUAUUCUCAAGGGUCUCUCAGAUACCCCUCCUGACCCUUGUGCUUUAGAACAGACCCUACAAAUCCAUUGCCUGCAUUUAAAUUGGUCAUGCUCAGCAGCAUUUAUCGAUGUCAUGCAGUAAAUGCACAUUGGAUUUACGACUGCGUAUCCUUGUGCAGGUACAGGCGAAAGUAGCUGUUACUAGCUAUGAACCAGAUCAACUGAGAUGCUGUCAGCAAUUGUCUGCUUUUGUCAUGAAAACCUUUGACAUUUGCUAUCUGGCGACUCAAAUUUGUGGUCACUGCCGUGCCCCUGUAAAUACUUGCUGUAUUUUCAGACAAAUAGAAUUUGGUCCAUCUCGGAAAAAAUAUCCUUUUUCCUGUACUUCAAGGUGCUGACAGGUUCAAAUGAAUUGCCAAACAUGGGGAGUAAAUAAACCGAGAAGUUUUUUAGACUGUGAAACACUAACAAUUUAAUGCACUCACCAUUGUAUUUUGCUGUAUUAACUUUGUAACUCAAACCUUUCCGUUAAAUUAAUUUUAAUUGAUACUCACUUUAUUAUUAUAAACAGCGGUAUCCAUUUAAUGAUCUCACUAAUAUAGGCCAAUUCUUAUCAAAACAGAUAAAUUUAUAAAUCUUCAUUGUGGGUCUUCAAAAUUAUACAAAAUUGUGCUAGUUAUAAAACCUUUCCAAAUUUUGCUGUGAUUGUCAAUAUUUCUUAAAUAAUAAUGCAGCUUUUUUUCCAAAACGUUGAUCUAAACUAGAUGUUUUUUAAUUGUGGAAUCACAAUAUAUGAGCAGCAGUUGAAAUUUAAUGCAUCGUUUUCAAACUUUUACAAUUUUUUUAGGUUUGUGUUAUUAAGGUUUCAAAGUACAUCAACGAAAUUGUUAUUAUUCAUCUCAUUACGUUACAUAAUUAUUUGUCAGGUAGUUAACCUACUAUUUUGUGUAGCUUUACCAUGAGUCACCAUAUAUAGUCACUACAGCCAAUAAAGAGCAUGCCAUAUAUAAAUAUGAUGCUUCAGAUAUAAUUAUUUCAUUUGAAUUAAUUUUCCUUAAACAAAAUUAAUUUUUGUAUUAAAUUUGUAUAGGACGAUUGUAUCAAAUUCUGGAACGCAUACGUAAAAUAACAUAAAUCCAUGUAAUUUUCAAGUUUGCUACCUUGGGCACAGUGAAAUUAUAUUAAUUUUUUUAAUAGGUUGCUAAUAAUUGCUACUAUCAACAUUUUAGCCCCUUAACCGCCACAGAACACAAUUUAUCUCAUCUCAACACAUCAACUGUUUUGCUUUCUUGGUGACAGCUGUUAUUUUGUAUUUUUUGGAGUUCUACUAGGUUGAAAACUAGUAAGAGAUUGCUGUCCUGUUGGUGCUGCAAUCUUGUGCAUAUAGCAGUACUACUUGUUUUGUAUCAUAUGUGAGUUCAGGAAGCUUUCUGUUGUAACUGCUUGUUGUUUUGUACUAUACAGAAUUUGUUUAUGCUUAUUUGUUGUUGAUAGUUGUGUUGAAAAAGUAAAAAAUUAAUUUAUAAAAUAAUUAAAAAUUGAUAAUGCCAACCACUGACUGAAAUUUUAAAUGUGUUUAAAAUUAUUUAUUAUUGUUUGCUCAAAACAAAACCAACUACCAUGUUCAAUGAAUAUGUUAGAAACCACAGAAAAAGACGGGGAAAGUACUUGGUGCUGGAGGAUCUGUGUAUACAACUACACCUAGCGUUAAGUGUUGCUAACUUGUGGUGGUUAAGGGGUUAUGUUAUUGAGUCCGGAACCAUUUAUUUUACAGUACGAUGAAUUAGGGUUUGUUAGCGUAUGAAAAUGCGUUGCGUCAACAGGGGGGGGGGAAGGAAAGGAAUGACCUAUCCAUGCUAUGACAGAUAUUUUACGCAUUGACAUUUCAUUUUACAAUAAUUAUAACACUACUUCUUUAUUGACACCAUAAAAUCACAAAUAAUUUGAUAAUUCUUCUGCAAGUAACUGGUUAUUUAUAAUUUCUGCUUAUCAUAACAGGAGCCAAGUUUAUAUCCCGCUUUUGACAAGAUAUUUUUGUUUGCUAACAAGCAAUCAUUUUGCUCAGCUCAAAAUAACGUGUUUAAACAGUUUCAGAAUAGGUUUUCAAACAAUUUACCACAAAAAAAUGUUAUUCAUUUUCGGAACAAUUUAGUUUAAAAAUACUUGUAAUAACUCCUGAUAUCAGAUUUUUAAUUCAGGAAAUAUUUGAAGAACAGUUUAUUAAUUAUCUGUCAUUUCCGUGAAGGAUACAUUGGGAUUUCUCCAAGAAAUUUAGGUUUAUAAUAAGUGAUAAUUGUUGCUAAUCCAAUUAGAUUAUGAAGAUUUAAGAGUUAGAUGUACUGAUCUUAAUUUUACUUUUAUACCUUGCUUUUGGUCAUGGAAUUGUGGGGGAAUGUUGAUUUUAAAGAUACGAUUAAUAAAUAUCCAUCUAAAUGGUUUUUGGUAUUUGUCAAUAUCGAUAGUGAUUACUCAGAAAACAAAUCAAACAUUUGUUUAAAUAUUUGUAUAGUUUGCAAGAAAAGCUCAAAAACCUCUGGAUGCGUAUUAAUUGUAUAUUUAAUAAAAAACGCAUACCAUAAUUCUAUGGCAAUUUAGGGUUUUAAAGUGUUAUGAGAUUUAACUUUGUUCUUAUGAGAUAAAAUUAAGAUUGUUUCACUGUAGCCAACUCUUAAGUAAUGUAAGAAUAGUAAUACCUUGUCAAUAUCUGUCAAAAAGCCGAUUCUUUCUUUGUAGAUUUGUAUUAAGCUGUUAAAUGUGAUUAAAUCUUUAAAAAAUCAAUUGAGAUAUACAUAUUAAAACAAGGUGAAAUUUUUAUACCAGUUUUUUACAUUUUUACAAUUGUGUAACGAACUAAACUGUUUCAAAUUAUUUCCUUUUCUUAAAAUUAAAUUAUUCUAGAAAUAACUGUAUUUUCCAGUGUUUAAAAAUUUGUAUUUGGUCUAUGAUAUAACUUACUCAUUAUUGUUAUUGCUCACAUUUGUUCAGCUGCUGGUUUGAAAAACUCAGUUGUGUUGACCUUUUAGAUUUGUCUUGAUCAUUUUUAAUAAAUUCUUUUUUCAACAUGAACCUAUUAUGAUCUGGCCUUAACAAUCAGUCAUUGCCUUUUUGUUUGUAUAUAGUGAAGGUGCCAUUUAUUGAUUCUUCCUUUUCACUGUACAAUCCCACGCAUUGUUAAAACUUACCAGUACCCAUGCUGUAUAUUACCCUGUAAUACUAUUGUGUAUGAAACUACCAAUAUUUGUAAAACCCAAAUUGUCUGUAUAAAGCUUGAUCUCAUAAUAAAAAUAUUAUAUUUAAUCUA